AUGAACGUGUCGAAGGAAUGCGUCUGCGGUUGCAAAUUUUCCUCGCCAUCCUCACAAAUCGUUAUGACAACAAAAACUCUUUCCUGUUUGCGCAAAACCGGAAAUAGGAAACUCGUCUGGACCGUAAACGUCAGUUCCGGUCACGUGAUUCGAUGGAAGUCGGAUUACAUUCGUGCGGACAAAGCGGAAAUAGGUCAGAUCUGGGUCAGAGUUCACGACGCAGGAAACAACGUCACGGAAACUCAGCGGCAGCUCGAGCAGCAAUCUGCAGACGACACGAAACAGGAAAUAGAUGAAACGAGUGACGGCCAAUGGGAAGACGUAGUGACGGGAUUUGGAAUUUUGCUCUGCGCAGUUGUGGUAGUGGCUUCCGUAGCGUUCUUCAUCAAACAACAUUUCCUUCGUCGACGGUUGAAGUUAAACGCCGACAGUCAGACCCCGGCCAAGCGAGCGUUACUAGCUGAGAAGAACGGCAAGUCUUCAAAAGAUGGCGGAGCAGUUAUUGGAAAUAGCUAUAGCGAUUCGCCGUCAAACAGUCAGCUGUCUACUGAAAACAGAAGUAAGCGUAAGGAAGCGAUCACAGCUGAAAUAACAGCCACUAACUCAACUCGAGCUACUCCAGAAUCUUCUAGAAAAACGAAUCAAGUGGUGUCAUGCGAUAGUCCAAGAUCUGUCGGCAGUCGAGGCAGUAGCAGCAGGAGCGAUCCUCAUCAUCGUCAUCGUCGCCAUCGAAGUCACCACGAACAAUCGCCAUUGGUGGCUGUCAAAUCGUCGGCAAGUAGAUCGAAACAUUCACCGAUCGAGUUAAUGAAAAAUGUUGAAAAUUUGAGCACGAGUAAAGAGAAGAGCAACUUAAAAGAUUGCCCAGCAGAUUCCUACAAUAACGCCAACAGCAAACAGCAACAGCAAAACAAACAUCACAGAUCAAACAAACGCAGCAGCAACAAACAACAACAACAACAACAACAGCAGCAUUUUGAAAACAUAAACCUGGACGAUUCAUUUUUUGCAGGCAGCAGACCACCAGCUGAGGGGAUGGAUUCGCUACCGGCGGCAGACCAAAUUGCUGAAAAGUUAGAAAAACAGCAAACACGGCAACAGCAGCAGCAGCAACAACAACAGCAGCAGCAGCAACAGCAGCAAAAACAAAAAACUCCAUUGCCACAUCAAAAAUACUUCCAAGCCGCCCAUUUCAGAUCGCCUUACGAAGUACGGAAAGCCGAAAUACGCAGCAUAAAGAUGCUACAAGAUGAUACCGAAACCGAUUCCAUUUACGAAAAAAUACCGGAUCGCCACGUUUCCAACUACAAAAACAGCAAUGACGACGUAAGCAACGCCACAAAACUCUUCCCGGACGACGACGACGAUGACGUCAUCGCGGAUAACGACGACGACGCCGAUAAUGAUUUCGAGUACGAUGAUUACGUCACUCAACUUCCGGGAUCUUACUUUAACAUGGACCCGAAGGCCUACACACUAACUUGGAAUAGGAAGAAGUCCCAGAAACCAUGGGGAGGCCUGGAUCUGGAAGAAGAUACAUUUUAA